AUGGCGCUCCAGCAUGGAAACCUCGCAGACCUACUGCCUGUACACUGGAAAUCGCAGGUCACGGCUUGGUUCGCAGAAGACACGCCCUCCUUCGACUACGGCGGCUUCGUCGUAGGCGACAGCGAACGCAGCGCCACCCUCUACGGCAAGUCGACGGGCGUGCUCGCCGGGGUGCCGUUCUUCGACGAGAUCUUCGCGCAGGCGGGGUGCACCGUUCGAUGGCACUUGAGCGAGGGCGAGCUGGUGCGUCCGGGCUCCGCGGGCAAGGUUGCUCUUGCGACUGUCACUGGGCCGGUGCGGAAGCUGUUGCUUGGGGAGCGGGUCGCCCUGAACACGCUCAGCAGGUGUUCGGGGGUCGCGACGAAGUCUAGGACUGUCGACGAUUUGGUGAGGAAGGCUGGCUAUCGGGGAAUUCUGGCUGGCACGAGGAAGACAACGCCGGGGUUCAGACUGGUGGAGAAGUAUGGGAUGAUUGUGGGAGGGGUGGACGGACAUCGCCAUGAUUUGUCGAGUAUGAUUAUGCUGAAGGAUAAUCACAUCUGGUCAAAGGGAAGCAUCACCGAAGCUGUGAAGGCUGCAAAAUCAGUUGGUGGCUUUGCGCUGAAGGUGGAGGUCGAGGUUGACAGUGAGGCCUCGGCUGAUGAGGCAAUUGCUGCUGGGGCGGACAUCAUCAUGCUGGACAAUUUCGACGGUCCUGGCCUGAAGGUUGCGGCGCAAAGUAUAAAGCAGAGGUGGGCAGGAAAGAAGGAAUUCUUGCUCGAAUGUAGUGGAGGAUUGACUGCCGAAAAUGUUGGCACUUAUAUCAACAAUGAUAUCGAUAUCAUAUCUACGAGCACGAUACAUCAAGGAGUGCCUCAUGUCGAUUUCUCGUUGAAGAUCGACCAAACACCUUGA